CCCUGUAGAUCUGUUUGCCAUUCAGCAUGACAUGCUUAGCCAUGUCGGAUUGAAAUGCCUAACAUUGAGGUCAUUGUAGCAGACCAAGCCACUCAGAGAUUGCUGCAAGGUCAUGGGAAGCUACAAGAGGUUGAGGUAUCGCCGUUGGAGGUCAACUUUUCCCAGCAUGUGAUAUAUCCAUUAUUCUCUGAUGGCACGUCCGUGGACGAGACCGUGAGGGAGGUGGUUGCCAUUGAGGAGGAGAAUGACACGAGUGAGGUCUCGUAUUGGCUCAAGACGCCUUUUCCUCAAAUUCAGGCGGUCAGAUGGUGUCCGAAGCUUCGGGACGGGGAGGGAAAGCCCGUCUUGGACGAGAACGGAGAAGAGCGGCGGGGUGUCGAGGGCCUCUUCGCUCUGAACAACCGCCGGCUGUACGUGUUGCAGCGCGCAGCGGUCUACCACUAUCCCAGGAAAUGCAAGGUCCGCAUCGAGGUGGUGACUGAACGCUGGGAGGUUUUGCACCAUUUGAAGAAGUUCCGCACGCGCACUAACGGCCUCUCCAUUUUCGUCUCCGAAUGGUCCGCUCGGAGACAUCCUCGGAACCUUUGGCAGUGCAGCCGAGAGCCGAGGCAUGGGACGGGACGAGACAACACCAAGCACUUCGACGUGCUCCGCGUGUGGGACUGGAGGUCUGCGGUAGCCAAACUGGAGGAAGGUGGUCCGGAGCACGAGCAGGCGGCCGAAUCGGGGAGCUGCGCCUGCUGGGAAUAUCUGGAUCCCAAGGGACUCUGCCGAGGGCCGUACAGCAAUUGGCAGAUGCAGCAGUGGUGGGAGCAUGGGAUGCUGCCGCGUGAGCUGCGGAUCCGGGCCUUCCAACCAAAACGAGGCGAAGAUGAAGGCUUGGAAGGGGAGGAGGACUUCAGGCCAGUCCUGGAGGUCUUCGAAGAUGCCCCAAGCCCCUUUGCGCCAGGUUGGUCGCCCGAACUGACCGCGGCGGAGGGCGUGUGGAACCGCUGCGCGCAGUGCCACCGCAAGAGGUUGGACGGUUGGAGUGCGCGGGGUCAGUGGUACUGCUCCAAUUGCUGGCGCAAGUGGGGAGCUUGAGUUCGCGCGGCAAAACAGGAGCGAUUGGAAUGGAGUGUACGUGUUAGCAUUCGUUGCCUUUUUGGCGUGCGUGGCCUAAUAGGCAGCCGCUUGUUCGUGUAGUCACAGGAGUAGCCGGCCUGCGAAACCAACCCUAAACCAACC